AUGUCCCACGCUUCAUUGGACGUUCUGUCUGUCGAAUUCUUCCAGUUAUAUGAUUCACUUGCUGAAGAUGCAUUGAGAGUUGAAGAAUCCACCACUGCGCUGGAACGAGCCAAGGCGGAACGUGAUCUAACCCAAAGCGAAGUGGCAAAGCAACACGACGACCUACAGAAAACACGGGCGUUCAUCAAGGAACAAAGAGAAAGAAUCCAUCUCAUAAGGACGCAUUGGUUCUAUGGGACUACGCUCUUUCAACCACAACUCUGGUUACGAGGAGGAUGCAAAGGCAAGAAAAAGAGAGCCGAAAGGAAACUGAUCGUCGCUACGAAUGAAAAGCUCCCAGUCAGGGUAGCCAGUGUCAAUGAAUCAGAGAAUAAGUUAAACCAAAGUCUCCAAGUCGUGGAAGAACAGCUACGAUUCUUUGAGCUAGCGGCCAGUGCAGCAUCGGAACGAGAGGCAAUGAAGGCGAGAGCUGUAUUUGAGAAUCCAUCGGAUGAAAUUCGUCGCUUGCAGCGGGAAGAGGCGUCUGCGAUAGCGAGAUUAAAAAACGCAAAGACAGAACUUGAAUCGAUUGACUCUGUCAUCGUCAAGAUUGGCUGCCGACAAAAGGAGCACAACGAUGCCAUCAAGUUCUUGAAGAAUGCCUUGACUCACAGAGAUCGACAUGAUGUGUUGAAGAACAAUCCUGUUGAGCUGCCAAGACCAAUUGAUGUACUCCAUCACACUGAUCAACAUCAAUCUUCUUCAGAAGUAUGGCUGCCAAAUGGAACCAAAAGUGUUUUGAUACGAACCAAGCAUGACAAUCAGAAGCACUUGUUCCGCGUAGAUAAACAUAAUCGACUCUUGAUGACCAACUCUCCUUGUCCCAAUGGGUGUGGGUUUUUGGUUACAUGGCAAGGAACCUACUGCUGCACCAAUUGUGCCAGUGGUGCGAGAUGCCAUGGUGGACGGUGUGAAAGAAUGCCACUUCAAUCUCAAGAAGGCGCCAAAGCGAAACUUUCAAAAUGGAAGGCAGCACAAAAAAAACGCGAGAAAGACCUGCAUGGUGAACUCAGAUCUUGCAAUCUAAAUGUGCAAAAGGCAAAGAAAUGUGUAGAGACUGCUGAUCAGCUGGGUGCCGAAGCCCUAGUAACCAUCCCUUCUUCCGUUGUCGACCGACACCCAGGUUCAGGCAACUCGUUGCGACACAUGGACCACAGUAUUGCUACGAGUUUAAGUGAAGGAAGUGGAUGUUCUCAAGUGGAAUCCAUCCAUCAAGAAAUUUCAGGAGUGGAACGAGCACAAGGCACUCUUACAGAACAAGUCUCUAUUGUAGAACAUCUUGCACACCUUGUUACAGAAGACGUUGAAAGAUUGGAACAGGGCCUCAUGAUAGCGCAAAGUCUGGAAGAAGAGGAAAGAAACCAAAUCUUUCGACGACUGCGAGAACAAGUCUGUUGCUCGGUUGCUUCCGUACCACCAGCAAUGAAUCCAGCGUUUAUACAUUUCGAGUCGUCAAUACCAUCGGCACACCAAAGCACUACUGCCAUUCCUUCGGCACCCAUGGAAGAAGAUAUCCUAGUGAACAACGUAGAAACAUCAUCGGACUUUACCGAGCCUCGUUCGGUCGAACCAAUGCCCACAGCAUCGACAAUCAUCGAAACUUGUUCUAUGCCUCCUCGCGGCCCAAGACAAGCGAUGCCCGUUCUUCAUUCGCAAGCACCAGAUAUGCCAAGGGUACCCUAUGUAGAUGUGCCAGCAUCACCCGAAGCCACGAUAAUUGGUGCAUCUUCAGUUCCAGUGCAAGAUGUAAUUCCAAUGGUCAAUGCCACGUUGGUACCAGAAAGCAUGUAG